AUGGAGACAAAGCGCAAACGAAAAAUGGAAUUACUGAGAAAGAAAGAAAAAGAAGACGAUCAGAAAGCUAAGUUUUUUUUUUACCUUUUCUUUCUUUCAUUCAAUUCUUUUUGGCACUCUUUUUUUUCGUUUUCCCUUUGUUUUAUUAUUUCUUUCCCUUUUCUUUUCUUUUUUCCUUUCCGUUUUUCCCUUCUUUCUUUCUUUCCUUUCCGUUUUUCCUUCUUUCUUUCGCCUUUUCUCUUUCCCUUUCUUCCCCUCUCCCCCUUUCUCUAUCUUUUCCUUUUUCUUUCACCUUUUCUCUCUCUUUCCUUUUUCCGUUUUUCCUUCCCUCUUUCCUUUUUUCCUUCUCUUUUUCCUUUUUCUGUUUUUCCUUCCCUUUUUCCGUUUUUAUUUCCCUCUUUCCUUUUCCGUUUUUUCCUUGCUUCUUUCCUUUUCCGUUUUUUCCUUGCUUCUUUCCUUUUCCGUUUUUUCCUUGCUUCUUUCCUUUUUUCCUUUCUUUCCUUUUCCGUUUUUCCUUCUUUCUUUCCUUUUUUCCUUCCUUCCUUUUGCCUCUUUCUUUGUCUUUUUCAUCUUAUUUUUUUUAUCCUUUCUCUUUUCCCUUACUCCCUUUUUAUCCCUCUCCUGACUCUUUCCUUCCUUCUAUCUACUUCUCUUCGCUCUUCUGUUGCCCGCCUUGGGGACCUCCCACCUCCUCAUCGCCAUUAUCAUCUCAAUCAUCUUUUGCUCGCACAUCUUCUACCACUACAUGACGAACUCCCCCUUCUCUCUCGCUCAAUGUCACCUCUCAUCAAUUUCUGUUCACCAAGCUCUUCCAGAAAAUUCAUGUUCUUCGUUGAGGGGAAACUAAUUUUUUCCUCUUCCCACCAGCCUUUCUGUCCUCUCCCACUUUCAUUUUCCAUAUUCUCCACCUCUCUUUUUCUCCCCCCUCCCACCUCCACACUCUCUCUUCCCUGCUUCUUCUCUCAAAACAAUCAUCCACUCUUGCGCCGGAUUUAA